GUUUCGUUUUGACACAAAAACUCUUUGGGGGUAUAAAAGUGCGCCACUGACCACAGACAGCAUCCAGUCAAAGGUUUGGAAUCGUGUGUGAUUCUACAAUCCUUAAACAGUUGAUUUCAAUAUUAUUUCUGAGUUGCUCCCUUGGCAAGUCCCAACACACUUCACAAUGAAAGUUUUCAUCUGCUUAGCCGCUCUGCUGGUGGCCUCAGCCUGCGCCAGCAAGACCGAGGAGGAGAAGGUCCCACUGGAGAAGAAGCUGGACAAGCGCGGUCUGCUUGAUCUCGGCUAUGGCUAUGGCCAUGCUGGUCUCGAUGUUGGCCACAUUGGUCACGGCUCCCUUGCCGGUGGUCUGACCGGCUACGGUCACUCUGCCCCCGCCGCCGUUGCUGUGGGACACAGCGGUCCUGCCAUCGCCUAUGGUCACAGCGCUCCCGCCGUUGCCGUCCAAGCUCACGCCGUGCCCGCCCCCUAUGUGAUCAGCAAGCAGGCUGAUGUGCACAAGACCAUCACCAUCACCAAGGGCAUCCCAGUGCCCGUGCAUGUCGAUCGCCCCUACCCCGUUGUGCAUGAGAAGCGCGUGCCCGUUGAGGUUAAGGUGCCCGUGCCCCAGCCCUAUGAGGUGAUCAGGAAGGUCGCUGUCCCCGUCAAGGAAUACGUCAAGGUGCCCGUCCCAGUGCCACAGCCCUACGAAGUCAUCCGUCACGAGAAGGUGCCAAUCCAUGUGCCCGUCGACCGUCCAGUGCCCGUUGAGGUGCCCAAGCCAUACCCCGUCCCCGUCGAGAAGCCCUACCCCGUCUACGUAGAGAAGGUGCAGAAGGUGCCCGUGCACAUCCCCGUCGACCGUCCAUACCCCGUCUACGUCAAGGUGCCCGUUGUCUCGCACUCCGUGGUGAAGCACGCACCUUCCGUUGCCGUCAGCAGCAUCCCCGUCAGCCACUACCCCGUCAGCAGCAUCGGUCAUGACGCCACCGUCUACGCCGACCAUGGUGGUUACCACAAGUAGAGCGGGAGCGAAUUCAAAUGGAGCAAACGGGAUUCACAAGAAAUGAGCCGAAUCAAAUUUAGCAACAUUUUUUCAAUUCUAUCCAAAAAAAACAAAGAAAGAUAAAAACGAAAACAAAAAAAUGAAACUUCUCACACGGUCUCUGCGCUCCCCCCCUAAAAAAAACACACUUUCCAAGAAGUUAUAUUUAGUAGAACUUCCACCCUGCCACUCUGUUAGCUCUUAAGAAAACCCAAGGAAGAACAACAAAACCUUUUGUAAAUUAUUUCCAAGUAACCAUCAAAUGGGACAUUGUUAUGUUUGGAAUUACACUUUAGGAUAAAACGCGGCUAAAUGUUUAUAAAAGAAUCUCAAUUUUUAUAAUCAUCUUAGCUGUUGCUGUUUAUCAGUGAUCGGUUUCGUCAUACAAUGAAUGAAAAGCAUAGAACAACAACAAAUAUGUAAAAAUCUAUUAAGAAAUAAAAUUGUAAAAAAAAUAA